AUGUUCCGCCGUUCAACAUCGCCGUUUGUGUGCAGCUCUCACCGAGCAUUUCGGCACGUCGUCAGUGCAAACGUCGGCACACUGGAAGGAAUGGACAGAGCGCUAUCCAUGGAAGCAGAGGCAUGUCGAACGAGCAAUGCAAACCGCAAAUCAUUCAACGAUCUGCAAUGCCUGCGUGCCGUUGCGCCGUACGCUGUACAGUACCUUUGUUUGGCCGUGCAGAUCACGCUCGUCUGCGCACGCCUCGUUGAGCGUGCUCGUCCCUUUGUGCGUCGAGAAGAGCAGCGCUUCCUGCUCCCUGCCUCGUCGGCCGCUUCUUUCCCCCUCCCCCUUCUGUGUCAGCAAUCCGCUAGCGUGGCCCCCGCUUCCUCACCCUACUCGACCCAUUCCCCCCUAAUCCUUGGUCCUCAACAUCGUCCCUCUUUCUGCUACUCUUCUCUCCUCUUCUCCACCUUCUCCUCUCCACCCCUCUCGACCCCUACCCCCAACCUCACCCCCCUUCGUUCGUGUCUUUGA